UUGAUCAUUCUCUCUCAGUCUCUAUUGUUCAUCAAAAUAGCCAUGGAUCUGUUCUCCCUCUCCCCUUUGCCUGGUUUACUACUUUGCACAUCCCUCACUCUCAUCUUUCUCUGGUCUUUUUUCACAUUAACCAAACACAAAUCUCGUAGCGCAAAUCUUCCCCCCGGAAAAGUGGGAUAUCCAAUUAUAGGAGAAACCCUACAAUUCCUCCUGUUCUUCCGAAAGGCCCGCCAAGAAAAGUUCAUAAGCGAAAGACGAAAGAAGUACUCCUCGGAUGUAUUCCUAACCUCUUUGUUCGGGCAUGACAUGGUCUUUUUCUGUGGUCCUGCAGCAAACAAGUUCUUGUUUUCCAACGAGAGCAAAUUAGUUGCGUCGUGGUGGCCAAAGUCUAUCAACAAGCUAUUUUACUCUGACUCUUCCGUCUCCAGCACUUCCAUGGUGGUGAAGUCGAAGUUGUCUAGGGAAUUGAUCGCAGUGUUUCUUAAGCCGAAUGCAGUGCAGGGUUUCGUACCUGCCAUGGAUCGCGUAGCAAGGGAGCUUAUAAGGAAGGAAUGGGAGCCGAAGGCCGGGAGAGAAGUGGUGGUUUAUGAGAUGGCGAAGAAAUACACGUUCGAGUUGGCUUGUCAAUUGCUGGCAGGUAUCGAAGAUCCUGAGCAUUGGGCUGGAUUUCACGAUAGAUUUGCUAGUGUUUUGGCUGGGAUAACGUCUGUGCCCAUAGAUUUUCCAGGGACAACAUUUAGCAAGGCCAUAAAAGAUGCUAGGUUCCUCCGCGAGAAGAUUGCGGUGAUCAUCAAAGAGAGAAAAUCAAGGCUCGAGAAGGAAGAGAAUCCGAGUAUCCCUGAUCUAGUUUCGGGCUAUCUUCUCACUCCAGAUGAGAAUGGAAAAUUCAGGAGUGUAGAAGACACAGCUGAGAAGAUAUUGGGCACAAUGAUUGGUGCCUUCGAAACUACAUCCAUGGCACUCACCUUCACUAUCAAAUAUCUCGCAGAGCUUCCCCAUGUUUAUCAAGAGGUUUUCAAAGAAAUAAUGGAAAUUGCGAAGGCCAAAGGGCCAGGAGAGCUGCUAACUUGGGGUGACAUUCAAAAUAUGAGGUAUACUUGGAAUGUAGUGUGUGAGACUAUGAGGCUAGCACCCCCUGCACAAAUAGCUUUCAAAGAGGCUUUAACCGACUUCACUUUUGCUGGUUAUACAAUACCUAAAGGCUGGAAGAUCUGUUGGAGUUUUCAUUCAACUCACAAAGAUCCUGCCUACUUCCCAGAUCCGGAUGAAUUUAAUCCGUCUAGGUUUGAAGGAAACGGACCUGCACCAUACACAUACGUACCUUUCGGUGGAGGGAAUCGGAUGUGCCCCGGGAAAGAGUACGCUCGGCAAGAGAUACUCGUGUUCAUCUAUAAUUUGGUGAAGAAGUUCCACUGGGAGAAAUUAAUACCAAAUGACAGGAUAGUUUUUAAGUCUCCUGAAAAUGGUCUUCCGAUUUGCCUCACGGCUCAUGAAACUUAACCUAGCACUUAGUAGCUAAUGUAGUAUUUAUGUACCAAUAUUAUGUUGUUUGUUGUACUGUUUGUGAGAGUUCAAUGCUCUGCUUGGGAUAUGUUUCUAGGAUUAGUGAAUGUAUAUUGUACUUAAAACUAUGUUGGAGAAAAUGGAUGCUGCCUAAUUAAAUCGACAAAAG